AAAGAAACAAAACGGAGCAGCAACAAAAACAAGGAUAUCGAAAUACAAUGGGCUCGGAAGGAUAAAACAAACACGUUCCGGUCCCGUCCGUUCGCAAGUGUCAAGCUGGAACAAAUGAAUGACUACUUUUCGCAAUAAAGACUAUGAUGCCAACGGUCGGCCAACUAGCAGCAUGAGCAUGAGGCAGCUAGCGGUGGUGAUGAUUAUUUUAAACAUAAAUUACGGUCGCCUGCACUGCUCGUACACGAUGGACAUCGAUGAACCGCACACGUACACACCACCGAAGCACUACUUCCAGACGUCCUCGUUCGACGAGACGGAGCUGGACGACGAAGCGCUCGCCCGGAACCCGCUCGACCGCGGCCCGUACUUUGACAUUUCGGCCUCGCGCAACAUCACCGCCCUCGUCGGAAACACGGCCUACCUGAACUGUCGCGUCCGGAACCUGGGCAAUCGGACGGUCUCCUGGAUCCGGCACCGCGAUCUGCACCUGCUGACGGUCGGGAAGGCAACCUACACCUCCGACCAGCGGUACCAGAGCGUCCACAAUCCGCAGCUCGACGACUGGUCGCUGAAGGUGCUGUACCCUCAGCAGCGGGACUCCGGUGUGUACGAGUGUCAAAUCUCCACGACGCCCCCGGUCGGCUACUCGAUGACGCUGGCAGUUGUGGAGCCCCUCACAACGAUCGUCGGUGGACCGGACCUAUACAUCGACACCGGUUCGACCGUCAAUCUGACCUGCAUCGUGCAGCAUCUCCCGGAACCCCCGCCUCUGAUCCAGUGGACCCACAACGGCGAGGAAAUUAAUUACGAUUCGCCCCGGGGCGGCGUGUCGGUGAUAACGGAGAAGGGCGACAUCACGACCUCCUACCUGCUGAUCCAGCGGGCCCGCGGGUCCGACACCGGCAAGUACACGUGCCUGCCGUCGACCGCCAACCCGAUCACCGUGCACGUCCACGUGCUGAAUGGUGAGCACCCGGCCGCCAUCCAGCGGGGCUGGCAAACGCGCAGCAAUUGCGCCCUGCUGACGAUGCUGUUCCUGCUCCUGAUGGCGUUAGCCCACAGGAUGGGCGUACGAUAA